UCGGAGCAGGUUGCCGCGGGCUGGUACGCGCCGCCGUGUCCAGGAGUAAAUAAGAGAGAGACUCUGCCAGCACCGUAAAUAGAGUCCCAGUGGGCGGGGAGACGCUCGGCGCCGCCCGCUCAAGUCUCCGCGGAGCCAAAUGUCUGGCCGUCUGGCACAGCUGCGUGCGGCGGGGCAGCUGCUCGGCGCCGCGCGCCCCUGGUCCGGCCCUCCGACGGGUGCGGCUCGGACCCGCAGCAGUGCGUGCGGACCCUCGGCGUCCCUGGGCGCUUAUGCCCCCCGCGCGCGGACCCCAGCAAGAGUUGAGGCUUGGGGGGCGGCAGCGGUGGGGCCGAGAGCCAGGGUGCGCACCUGGGCACCCCUGGCCAUGGCGGCGAAGGUGGACCUGAGCACUUCCACCAACUGGAAGGAGGCAAAAUUGUUUCUGAAGGGCCUGAGUGACAAGCAGCGGGAGGAACAUUACUUCUGCCGUGACUUCAUCAGGCUGAAGAAGAUCCCGACGUGGAAAGAGAUGGCAAAAGGAGUGACUGUGAAGGGAGAGGAGCCCCCGUAUAAGAAGGACAAGCAACUCAAUGAGAAAAUUUCCCUCUUCCGAGGCGAUAUCACCAAGCUGGAGGUGGAUGCCAUCAUCAAUGCCGCCAACAGCUCCCUGCUGGGAGGCGGCGGAGUGGACGGCUGCAUUCACCGGGCCGCCGGACCCCUGCUCACCGACGAGUGCCGGACCCUGCAGAGCUGCGAGACCGGCAAGGCCAAGAUCACCGGCGGCUAUCGGCUGCCGGCCAAAUAUGUCAUCCACACGGUGGGGCCCAUCGCCCACGGAGAGCCUAGCGCCAGCCAGGCGGCCGAACUCCGCAGCUGCUACCUAAACAGCCUCGACCUGCUGCUGGAGCACCGGCUCCGCUCGGCGGCGUUCCCCUGCAUCUCCACUGGCGUGUUUGGCUACCCCAAUGAAGCAGCGGCUGACGUAGUGCUGGCUGCGCUGCGUGAGUGGCUGGAGCAGCACAAGGACAAGGUGGACAGGCUGAUUAUCUGCGUGUUCCUGGAGAAGGAUGAAAACGUCUACCGCCAACGGUUGCCCCACUACUUCCCCGUGGCCUGACAGCACCCUGCCCCCCACCCUGACCAGGACUGACUUGCCUGGGCCUGCUGGACCUCAAUCUCAGCUCUAAGGUCGCUGAAACCUGCAGGUGGGCCUGAGACUGGCCACCUCAUUCUUUCCCCCAGGCCCCUGCCCCUCAGAGGCCUCCUAAUAAAGACCACUCUUGUAGC